AUGGCGUGGAUUCCUCGUGGCCUCAAUAACCUUGUUGAUCAAACACCGCUCGCUGAAAAAUCAGCUGGCAAUAGCAAGACCUCGUCAGACGCUGCUAGUCCUGAUAAGACGGUGACGAAUGGUAUCAUGGGUCUUACUGCAUCUGCUUCGAGUUCAAAACCCAAAGGUAAUAUUUGUCCACGUUGUAACAAACCUGUUUAUUUCGCUGAGGAAGUCAAAGCGGUUGGACAAUCUUUUCAUAAAUUAUGCUAUCGAUGUACUCAUUGCAAAAAAAGUAUCAACGGUGCAAAUUUUUCUGAACACGAUGGCAAUCUUUACGAUAACAAUUGUUAUCAGCGUUUGUUUGGUCCUAAAGGUGUUGGUUUCGGAAUCGGUGCAGGUGCUCUAUCAACAGGCAACUAG